AUGGAAGUAGAUGAAGAAGAAGCUAGGGCUGAGAUGAAGAUGAUUCUAAAAACUUUUCCGAUUGAACUAGAAUUAAAAUACAAUGAAAAGUUUACCAGUGAGUCGAAUGAUGAAAUUCUUCGACAGGUUAUACCUCAACUAAUUGAAGCGAUGAAGCCAAGAGUGCGCUUGUUAUAUAAACAACGCGGCACUUUAGACAAAGAUAAUCGCCGUCUACAUCGAAACAAUCGGUUAAAUGAGAAAAAGGCACAUCGAGUUAAAGGCGCAAAAUCACUUUUUGACAAAAAUGAUGAAAAACUGGAGAAUUAUGAUCAAAAAGAACUUUUGAAUGUUUUAAGUGACAACCGAUAUCACUCUCCAGAGUAUUCUGAAUCGGAUGAGGAGCAACCAGACGGUAAAAGACAUAUCAAUGUUUAUAAUCAGUCUUGGAGAUCUGAAGAGUAUUCUGAAUCGGAUGAGGAACAACCAGACGGUAAAAGACAUAUCAAUGUUUAUAAUCCGUCUUGGAGAUCUGAAGAGUUAAUAGAUUUAUUACGAAAUGUCUUGGACCAACACGCUUUCUCUUUUCAAUCUGCACAAUUGAUACAAACGCAAAAUUAUGAUGAUAAGAUAUAUAAUAUCAUCUCUCGUUAUUUACGAGGUGCUCCAAAUUGGACCUAUGUGGAGCAGAAUAUGCUGGCCAAUAUUGACUUUUCUGAGCCGGAGAUGCCAAUUCAAAUGAUGGAGAGUCUAAUAAUGGCGGAAGAUGCGGAAGUGUCAGCGGAGAUGGACAAAAUAGUAGUAAUAGAAGAUUCGGAAUCAACGGGAAUGGAAGAAUCAGAACCAACGGAAAUAGAAGAAUCAGAACCAAUGGGAGUGGAAGAAUCGCCAGAAACAGAAGAUGAAACAGACAAAUGGAAACUUUUGCGAUUUAAUUGA